CGGAGGAAACGUUCGACGUUCUGAAUUUGAAAGAGAUAAUAGGAUAAACAGGAACUUUCCUUCUAUAUCAUCCGGUUCUCCGGGUUCAAGCAUAAGUUCUGGUCGGUGGGGUAACGAAUGGGUUAAUAAUGGAAUGAACGCUCCAGUCAAUGAUCGCUUUGAUGAUAGGAGAAUUCGGGGUGGGAGGUUAAGUGAACGUGGAGGAGGUAGAAGUGGUCCCAUGGUUGUUAAUCGUGGUUCUGGAUAUUCUGAUGUUAGGCCUGGGAGACGUCAACGGUGCCGUGAUUAUGAUGAAAAAGGUUAUUGCAUGCGUGGUGACCUUUGCCCCUUUGACCACGGCGUAGAUAGAAUUGUUGUAGAUGACGUUCCAUUGAAUAGACCAUUUGACAUUAUACCUCCAAUGGCUGGUACUCCAUUAACUGGACCAGUUGGUAUAAUGAGUGCUGGCGUUCCUUCGAGGCCACCGUACUUUAUGAGUACUGCGGGUGUUCGAAAUCAAUAUGAUCUUGAUCCAGGAUAUUGUAAAUAUAAAAAUUAA